AUGGAGGCUCUGGGUCCCCACAGCCUCGUCUGGCCCAUGGAGAACCCUUCGGAGCCUUGGCUGCCGGCACCCCCUGCAGUACUGGGCCCGCCCUGGGCCGCCCUGGUCCUUCUCUACUCCCUGGUGAUGGUCACCUCCUAUGUCCUGGAGGUGGCCAGCCAUGGCCUGCUGGCCCGGGCCGCUGGGCCCCUCCUGCCGCGCCAUUUGUCCACCGCCUGGUUUGGCCACCAAGUCACCGUUGACUUCACCUUCACGGCACUCCUGCCCCUGAGCCUCACCUGCACGCGCUCCUGCUGGCCGCUGGGUGGCGCCUUCUGCCGUGCGGACCCCAGCCUGUCCUUCUUCACCUGCUGGGCCAGCGGCCGCCUGCUGGCCCGGGGGGCUGCCGACAGCUAUACCUCGCUGUGCCAGCCUGCCUGGGCCCUGGGCCACCACACAGCUCGGCAGAUGGUUUUCUGGGCUGGCGGAUUCUGGAUCUUUCUGCUGGGUCUGGGGGGGCCGGCCCUGCAAGCCAGGAGGGACCAGGCCAGCCUGGCUGUCCCUUCUAACGGGACUCCGGCUGUAGAAGUCUCCAGCCAUGGCCAGGGCUUCGGGGCCUGGAGCCCUGUGUUAGACCAGCUGGCAUUCGGGUUUGGGGUGCCCCUGGGGGUCAUGGCUUUCUCUCGCAGCCUCUUGGGGGCCCAGCUGCAGCUGGCCCGGCUGACUGGGCGCCCCCCACUGCUGGGGCUGCCUUGGGCCACCGCGGCCAUGCUCUUCCUUUGCUGGCUCCCUUUCCACCUGUUGCUUUUGCUCAAGUUGUUGGGGGCACUAAAAGAGGUGUUGACACCAGAAAUAGUGACAGCUGUCACACAAUCUGUGACUUUCCAGGGCUGCCAGGGAAAGAUGUGCAGCUCUAACGGGAACAGGAAGGUUCAGACCCAGGUAGCGGGUGAAGAGUAA